GACUUUUGUCCCUUCGCGGGUUCCAUAGAUGCAUUAGUUUACAGUCAAACGUGUACACCUGGUAGUGUGAAUUUAACGAAAGUAACGAAUACAUCAAAACUUUUAGAGGGCGUUGUGUAUCUCUUGAGUUCACUCGAUCAUUUUCCUAGCUUUUAUUUAUUUACUUUUCGUCUAUUUUUCUUUAUCGUAGCGGAAAUUAGACGUUCAAACAGUCAAUGUGACAAACCCGGCGUUUAUUUGUAACUCUGUGGUAGCAUGUUGAAGGGCACGACGUUGAUGCUGUUGUCGAGAGUUAAAGCAGUCUCCACUGAGGUCAUUUACAGACAGCACAUAGGUAAGAAAGCAUGGAGUUUGUUCAGUCCAAGUUGUGCGCCAGGAUCAGUGCUGUGGAGGCGGAAUGAGGGUUUCUACAGAGAGAUCUGCACAUCCACUACACUUCACGGGAAAGUCAGGGGAAGCAAGAGGAAGAAUGAGCUGUCCGAAAAGAAGUUGACACGUCACUUUGUGGACUGUCGUCGUGUGAAGUUGGUUGCUGGUUCAGGGGGUAAGGGUUCCUGCAGCUUCCACAGCGAGCCCCGAAAAGAAUGGGGUGGGCCUGAUGGAGGAAACGGUGGCGAUGGAGGAAGCAUCAUUAUAAAAGCCAACCGGUUUGUUAAAUCAUUGGCCCAAGUGAUUCCAGUUUACAAAGCAGAAGAUGGGCAGUCAGGGGGCAACAAGAACUGCUACGGUCGCAAUGGCAACUCAACCUACAUUUCUGUACCAGUAGGAACAGUGGUGAAGGAGCAGGGCAUGACCAUAAUGGACCUCGCUGAGCAUGGCCAGGAGUAUUUGGCAGUGUUUGGAGGUGCUGGUGGGAAGGGGAAUCGUUUUUUUCUCUCAAACGAGAACCGGGCGCCUAUGAUGGCGACCCCAGGCACGGCAGGCCAGGAGCGGGUUCUUCAGCUGGAGCUACGCACCAUGGCUCAUGCUGGACUGGUUGGCUUUCCAAAUGCUGGUAAAUCAUCACUAUUAAGAGCCAUCUCCAAUGCCAGGCCUGCUGUGGCGGCCUACCCCUUUACAACACUCAACCCACAUGUAGGAAUCGUUGAAUAUAGGGAUCAUGAGCAAGUUGCAGUUGCUGACAUCCCAGGGAUCAUUCGAGGUGCCCAUCUAAAUCGAGGCCUGGGGAUCUCCUUCUUACGUCACAUUGAGCGCUGUCGCUUCCUCCUCUUCGUCUUGGACCUCUCGGCGCCAGAGCCCUGGACCCAGCUGCAGCACCUGUGUUAUGAACUGGACCAGUAUGAGCCCGGUCUGUCCCAGCGGCCUCAGGCUAUUGUUGCCAAUAAAAUGGACCUACCAGAGGCCCCGGAGAAGCUAGAGACCCUGAAGAGCCAGGUAACACAGCGGGUCAUCCCAGUUUCUGCUCUGACGGGACAAAAUACAGAGGAACUCAUUCUCCACCUCAGAGAGUUGUAUGAUGGCUACCUCCAAGAUGAUAGGAGCGAAGGAGUCAAACCAGUUAGGUGGUAGAGGGCAAUAAUUAGUUAUGGACAAUUUUUAAUGUAUUUAAAUUUAUUAUAAAUAAAAAAACAAUCAACAUUUGGUGUUGCAUUCUUGACGUAUUGCUUUAUACAGUACAAAAACACAGUCUAAGUGAAUAAAAAAUGUACAGUUUUUGUAGUUCAUUUUAACGAAAGGAAAAAAUCAGAGGAAAGGCAAUUUGUUUCAGCAAUUCAAUUUAAAAAGUGCAAUAACUAUAAAAUUGAUAGUUUCAAAAAAGUAUAU